AUGUAAGAACCUUUUGAUUUAUUUGGAUUUUAAUUGAAUGAAUAAAUAUAUCAGUACUCUGAUUCCUCAAAUGAUGGGUUAUUUCAAAAUAACAAUUAAAAUAUUGAUGCAAUUUCAGAAUAGGAUAAUGCCUUGAUUUUAAAUUAAAUAGAAUCACCUCCACCUCAAAAGGAGGAUAUUGAUGUAGUUAGAAUCUUAAAUUUUGAAGAAGUUAAAGUGUUCAUAGAUGAAUUAAUUUGUCCCAUUUGCUCUUACAUAUUGAUUGAUCCAAGAAUAUGUUCGGAUUGUAGUCAAGGAUUUUGUAAAUAGUGUCUUACAUAAUGGUUCAAUAAAUAUCAUUUGAAGAGCUGCCCUUGUUGUAGAUCUAUUUCAAAUGAACCAGAUGAUGGAUCAAAAGCCCCAAAACUAUUGUUUAAAUUGUUGAGCAAAUUGAAAAUAAGUUGUAAAUAUUAAAAUAAUGGUUGUAAGUAGGCCAUUUGGUAUGAGAGCAAAGAAAAGCACUACGAAAAAGAAUGCGAAUAUAAAGCAAUUAUUUGUCAAUAUUGUUUUGAAAUAUUUUUGAAAAUGGAAAGUGAAACUCACUUUGAAAAAUGUUAAUAUAAGCCUAAAAAAUGUAAAUGGUGCUCUAAAUCAUUUUCUUAUUACAAGCACUAAAAACAUUAAGAUGAUUGCUCCCCAAGAAAAUUAACCUGUCCAAUCUGUGUAUAGGAAUUUUCAAUUAAGAAGAUGGAAGGGCAUAUUUAAUUUUGCUUUCCAAAAAAGUAGUUAAAGAUAAUAAAGAAUGAACUGUAAGAAAGUAUAUAAGAAGUUUAAAAGGCAAAAUAGGAGAUUAAAGAAUCAAUCAAAGAAAUAUUAGAGAUCGACAUGUUUAUAAGAAAGUAGAAAUAAAAAUGUUAAAAAAAAAAAUAGUUAGAUGAAAUAUUGAACAAUGAAAUUAUAAAUAGUUUUGAAUAACCGGUUUGUUAAUAAAAAGAUGUAGAUCCUUAAGAGUUGAAUUAAGAGUAAGUUGAUUUCUAAGAACACCAUUUAUAAUAACAGAUUAAAGAUGCUAGCAUCCAAAUUUAAGAAUUUGGAGAGGAACAGAAAAUAAAUAAUAUCUGCUAGGAAGAAGCAGAGUUUUAGAAUUGA